AUGAGCCCCAUUGAGUUACCUCCAUCAACUUCCGAGGAAGCAGACAGGAGGCAAUCGCAUGACUAUCCGAACAUGACGAAAGGCAACCCAAUACAAGGAAAGAUCCGCUAUCGAAUUGCUUCUAUGGCGGCGCGUUUCCGCAGUGCCUGGCUUGGUACUUUGGUUUUACCCAAAGCGCAGGGUGUCCGGGGACUUUCUCCCAAAGCAAAAUUGGAAAAGGGAGCGAGGCUUCCUUUUGUGCGUGAGCUUUGA